AAGGUCCCGAGAAUUAGAAUUUUAAAUCAAAACAAUAUUUUGAUUUCAAACAAAAACAUAAACAUUCUUAUCAACAUAUAAUUUUCAUGAAUAAAUAAUAAAUUCGGGAGCCCACAAAGUCCAAACUCAUUAUUUUCGUUUAAAACUGUCCACACACCAAUCCGUUCCCCCCAUACUAUAUAAAGCCAGUCCCUUGGCCUGUCACAAGAACUAGCCCAUCUAUCCCCCAAUAAAACCCUCAAAAUGAAGCAUUUCUUCCCCUUCAUUCUCCUCUCUUUCUCCAUUUUCUUCCUCUCCUUCAAUGCCACUGCAGCCCAAACCCUCAUCCGUGAAACCUGCCAGGCAUGCUGUCAACGAGACCCCAACCUAAAAUUCGCCUUCUGCACCACCUCCCUCGACGCGGCCCCCGCCAGCCGCUGCGCGAGCCUCCGGGGACUCGGGAUGAUCGCUAUCAGGCUUGUUCGGUUCAACGUCACCGACGCGCGGUGCCAUAUCAAGCAGCUGCUCAAGGACAAGAAGAUUGACGCCCAUGUCAAGCCAUACCUGAGAGACUGCCUGGAGCUCUACUCCGAUGCCAUUCCUUCGGUGAAAGAAGCGAUGAAAUGCUACAACUCAAAGAAGUAUCUUGAUGCCAAUGUUCAGAUGAGCUAUGUUAUGGAUGCCGCUACGACUUGUGAAGAUGGGUUCCAGGAGAUGAAGGAUGGGGUUUCGCCAUUGACGAAGAGAAAUAAUGACACUUUUGGGCUCUCUGCCAUAGCUCUUUCCAUUAUGCAUAUGCUUCAGACUGGUUCAAAUUAUUAAGUCAUCAAUAUUGAUCUUGGUGUGUGAUCAAAAUUGUAUACUGUUUCAGAUUAUUUUCUAUCUUUCUUCUUGUUAAUUUCUUGCUUUAUUGGUUUGCGGAGACUGGAUAAGAGUAAGGCCGCCAUGUCUUUGUUAAUGGGUUGAAGAUUGAGUGACUUGUAAUCAAUCUUUUGUUUCAGACUUUGUUUGUAAACUAAGUACAAAGUUUCCAGACCCGAGUCCUGAAUUAAUUGUGGCAAAGGAAAAAGAUAAUAGAAAAAAAGAAAGGGUGUCAGCAAAAAGGAUUUUCCCUUUCUCAAAUUAUAUAAAAA